AGUACAACAAAAUGGAUAUACCAAAUCCCCCAACUUCGAAAUGCAUCACUUACUGGAAGAGAAAAGUGAAAUCUGAAUAUAUGAGACUCCGACAGCUCAAACGGCUUCAGGCUAAUAUGGGUGCAAAGGCUCUAUAUGUGGCAAAUUUUGCAAAGGUGCAAGAAAAAACUCAGAUUCUUAAUGAAGAAUGGAAGAAACUCCGUGUUCAGCCUGUUCAGUCUAUGAAGCCUGUGAGUGGGCAUCCUUUUCUCAAAAAGUGUACCAUAGAGAGUGGUUUCCCAGGAUUUUCAAGCCAGCAUAUGUUGAUGAGGUCUCUGAAUACUGUAGCAUUGGUUCCCAUCAUGUAUUCCUGGUCCCCUCUCCAGCAGAACUUUAUGGCUCUAUAUGUGGCAAAUUUUGCAAAGGUGCAAGAAAAAACUCAGAUUCUUAAUGAAGAAUGGAAGAAACUCCGUGUUCAGCCUGUUCAGUCUAUGAAGCCUGUGAGUGGGCAUCCUUUUCUCAAAAAG